CCUGCCACCAUUUUUCUCUCGGAAGUUCGUGACCUUGUUGUUUUGGGAUUUUAGGUACCUGAAGUAGGUGCGCGGCUGAAAAAGGAACCUGUGGGUUUUUGGUGACUCUAGGGGACAGGACGAGUGCCUCCCACCCCCACUUAGAGUAGCUUAGCUCUGAGGCGCGCGGGGCCUGGCGUGCAGGUGCGUGCCGCAGACCUGGGCCCGCGCUGGGAAGGGGCAAGCUGGGCUGGGCUGGGCUGUCCACAGCCGCUGCGUCGGAAGACGACGUUCCCCAAGAAGGGGGUUGGGUUUCUGGGGGCACAAAAACGAACUCACUAGCGCUUCAAAGACCCAAACGAAUCCCAGAAAAGGGAGUAUUUAGCCAUAUUACUUAUGUGAAGCAGAUGAACAGAUUCUACCUCCCCAGGAAAACUGAACGACUCUUGCUGUUGAAAAAUUGGACCAGCUUUCAGAAGGGAGUGCUAAUGUGUGGAGUGUUUUCAGCAGGAGCAUCUAGGGUCCAGCAAGGCCAGUUCUCUCAUGACUUCACUCCAUUUACCAUCUCUCCAGGGGAUGCUUCCAGAGUCCUCUAUGGGUUUCCUGGAGCAGGAAAAAAUGAAAAAAUCUCUGGGACUGUUGACAUUCGGGGAUGUGACCAUAGAAUUUUCUCCAGAAGAAUGGGCAUGCCUGGACCAUGCUCAGUGGAAUUUAUAUAGGGAUGUGAUGAUAGAGAACUACAGAAACCUAGUCUCUGUGGGUCUUGCUGUCUCUAAGCCAGACCUGAUCACCUGUUUGGAGCAAAGAAAAGAGCCCUGGAAUGUGAAGAGACAUGCAGCAGUAGCAGAACAGCCAGCUAUGUCCUCUUAUUUGGCCCAAGACCAUUUGCCAGAAGAAGGCAUAAAUGCUUCAUUCCAAAAAGUGGUGUUUAGAACAUACGGAAGUCAUAGUCUUAAGAAUUUAAACUUAAUGAAAGACUGGGAAAGUGAAGAAUAUAAGGGAGCCUUUAAACAUUGUUCGUACGUUACUAAACAUAAGAGAAUUCAUAAUGGAGAGAAACCCUACAAGUGUGAAAAAUGUGGCAGUACUUUUAACUAUAGCUCAAGCCUUCAUAGACACAAGAGAAUUCACACUGGAGAGAAACCCUACAAAUGUAAUGAAUGUGGCAAAGCUUUUAACUGCUGUUCACACCUUACAAAACAUAAGAGAAUUCAUACCGGAGAGAAACCUUACAAAUGUGAAGAAUGUGGCAAAGCCUUUUAUACCCACGCUUGCCUUUGUGUACAUAAAAGAAUUCAUACUGGAGAGAAACCCUACAAAUGUGAAGAAUGUGGCAACACUUUUAACUACAGCUCAAGCCUUAAUACACAUAAGAGAAUUCAUACCGGAGAGAAACCUUACAAAUGUGAAGAAUGUGGCAAAACAUUUAACUGUAGCUCAAACCUUCAUACACAUGAGAGAAUUCAUACUGGAGAAAAACUCUACAAAUGUAAAGACUGUGGCAAAGCCUUUAACAAAUAUGCACAUCUUACUGUACAUGAAAAUAUUCAUACUGGAGAAAAACCUUACAGAUGUGAAGAAUGUAGCAAAGCGUUUAACACGUAUGCAUACCUUUCUGUACAUAAAAGAAUUCAUACUGGAGAGAAACCCUACAAAUGUAAAGAAUGUGGCAGAGCUUUCAAGUGGUGCUCAGACCUUACUGCUCACAAUAGAGUUCACACUGGAGAGAAACCUUACAAAUGUGAACAGUGUGGCAAAACUUUUAAGUAUAGCACAAACCUUCACAAACAUAAGAGAAUUCAUACUGGAGAAAAACUAUACAAAUGUAAAGACUGUGACAAAGCCUUUAAUGAAUAUGCACAUCUUACUGUACAUAAAAAUAUUCAUUCCAGAGAAAAACCCUAUAAAUGUGAAGAAUGUGGCAAAGUGUUUAACACAUAUGCAUACCUUUCUGUACAUAAAAAAAUUCAUACUGGAGAGAAACCCUACAAAUGUAAUGACUGCGGCAAAACUUUUAACUAUUGCUCAAGCUUUCAUAGACACAAGAGAAUUCAUGCUGGAGAGUAACUACAAAUGUAAUGAAUGUGUGAGAGCUUUUAACUGUAACAUAGUAAACAGAAUUCAUUUUGAAGAGAAACCCUAUAAAUGUAAGGAAUGUGCAAAGCCUUUAAUCAGUGCUCAUACCUUUCUAAGCAUACAUACUAAAGAGAAACCUUACCAAUAUGAAGAAUGUUGCAAAGCCUUAAAUUAGUACUGAAACCAUUAUAAACACAAGAUAGGUCAUACCAGAGAGAAACCAUACAAUUGUGAAGAAUGUGGCAGACUUUACCCAGUGCUCUUACCUUACUGUGCAAAAUGUAGAGAAAGUGGGAAAGCCAUUAAUAACUGGUCAUGUAUUACUUGAAAUAAGAGAGUUAUGCUGAGUAAUGCAGUGCUGUGUUAAAAAAUAAUGUGGUACUUUACCAAACCAUAGUUAGGUCCUUUGGAGAAAGAUAAAAGCCCAGAUUUGGGAGCUGUAUAAUGAAAGGGCCAAUUUGAACAUCUUAUUAAAGAAAGGGAAACACGUUCUUCAAGGACUAGAAUCUUACAUACCUACAUAGCACUGAACUUUAAAAAUUCUUAUAUUUACCAACAAAGUAGAAAGCAGUUGCUUCUGGGAAUUACAGGGAACUUUUACUCACUAACAGAUACCAUUACAAAGUGUUGUAAUUUAGCAUUAUAUCCUUGUACAGGGUUCUCUUAGCUUCAUGCAAGUCCUGCCACUCCUCCCAGGUGAUGUACCCAUGACAUCUUCAGGUGACACCAACCCCUAUAAUAGCAUAUUUCUAAAGUCAUCAUUCUUGGGUCAUAAGAACAUAAAGUCAGGCUGGAUGUGGUGGCUCACGCCUGUAAUCCUAACACUCUGGGAGGUUGAAGCAGGAGGAUCAGUUGAGGUCAGGAGUUCAAGAACAGUUUGAACAAAGUGAGACCUGGUUUCUACUAAAAAUAGAAAAAAGUAGCUGGGUGUGGUGGUGUGCAGCUGUAGUCUCAGCAACAGGAUUAUUUGAGCCUGGGAAUUUGAAGUUGCUGUGAGCUAGGCUGAGGCCAUGGCACUCUAGCCUGGACAACAGAUUGAGGCUCUUCUCUUGAAAAGAACAUGAAGUCAGAGUUUAUUAUGCUUUGUGUGGGUUGUGUGUAUUGCAUGUACUUUAUCCAUGAUGGAGCUUGUUUUUUAUUCUGUAUGAUGUAAGAAAGAAAAAUUAUAGUGGAAACAAUCUACUACUUUACUAUUUAUUAAAAAUUCUAUUACACUAUUGUACUUUAUCAUUCUGUUAUCUGGAAUUGUUCCUGUUAAGCAUAACAGCAUGCUGAAAGUUCUGCUCCUCCAAAGUGCUUAACACAUUGUUGAUGGAUCACAACUUGUGUUUUCAUCCCUUAAUGUUGACUGAUGACGAGUUAACUUGUGUUUGCACUUGGCAUUAGCUUUUGUGAUUUUUACAGCACAGGGUAUUGUAGGAUAUUGUAAAAGCCUUCAUGAUCAUGUCAUCAGAAUAAUAGCCAUUAAUAUUGAAUAUCUUCUGCAUAAAAUUGCUAGUCAAUGUGUUAAGAUGUGGUUAAAGAUGUAAGUAUACCUGGAAUAAUGGGUUUAGAUAAACUCAUUUAGACAUAAGUUCAAUGUAGAUAAGGGAAAAACAGGUGUAGAAAAAUAGAAUUUUAUACAUUAUAAGGUUGUGAGAAAAACCAAAGUAUUGGACCUUCUAUUUGAAUGUUACCUCAUGAGUAUGAAACAGUAGAAAGUCAGUCAAGAAAGCACAAAGAACACAUGCCAGAUAAAUAGAACUACAAAGAGCACCAUGUCUGGGUUAGUGUUCUGGGCCGUGAUGAAAGGUAAAGGUUUUCAAGGAACUGGUUAUCAAGUGACUUUUGCUUUAAAUACUUGAGGGAUUGCAAUAAAAAUUUCAUGUGCUCACUCGUUUUACAAAGUAUGUUGUUACUAGGCAUUCUUGUAUCUUCCCUCCUAUAUCCCGAAGCAUUGCUGGUGUCCACAUAAAGGUGAACACCACCCACUUCCUAAAACAUAGGUUGUAAAUAAUGAAAGGAGACAAAAAGUGGUAAAUGACUUGACCAGAUUCACAUUUUCACAGUCAUCUCCUCCCAUGAAAAUGGGGAAAGAAAGGAAGAAGACAGUUAUGAUCACCCAUGUCAGGAUGCAGGCAAUAAAAAUAUCAAAGAGAUCCUAAACAAGAGAAACAGUGUGGCACCUGUGGCUCAGUGGGUAGGAUACCGGCCCCAUAUACGGAGGGUGACAGGUUCGAACCUGGCCCAGGCUAGCUAAAACAGCAAUGAGAAUUGCAACAAAAAGUAGCUGGGCAUUGUGGUGGGCACCUGUAGUCCCAGCUAUUCUGGAGGCUGAGGCAAGAGAAUCGCUUAAGCCCAAGAGUUGGAGGUUGCUGUAGUCCCAGCUACUCAGGAGGCUGAGGCAAGAGAAUCACUUAAGCCCAAGAAUCGGAGGUUGCUGUGAGCUGUGACACCAUGGCACUCUACCAAGGGCGACAAAAUGAGGCUGUCUCCAAAAAAAAGAGUAACAAAGAAUUUGGGCUCAGCGCCUGUAGCUCAAGCAGCUAAGGCGCCAGCCACAUACACCAGAGCUGGCGGGUUUGAAUCCAGCCAGGCCUGCCAAAUGACAAUGACAGCUACAACCAAAAAAUAGCCAGGCGUUGUAGCAAGCGCCUGUACUCCCAGCUACUUGGGAGGCUGAGGCAGGAGAAUCUCUUGAUCCCAGGAGUUAGAGGUUACUGUGAGCUAUGAUGCCACGGCACUCUACCCAGGGUGACAGCUUGAGGCUCUGUCUCAAACAAAAAAAAGAAUUUGGUAUUAAUUUGUCAUCCAAAAAGUGAAUAUUGUAGUUUAAUUCCAUGCUGUCUGUAUGGCUAACUAGGUAGAUACUGGCCCUAUAAAUUGAAAUUGAGGGGGAAAAAACAAUAUGAUGGACAGAAGUAGGAAAGAUCUUAGAUACAUCAUUUUUUUCUUUUUUUAUUAUUAAAUCAUAGCUGUGUACAUUAAUGCGAUCAUGGGGCACCAUACACUGGUUUUAUAGACCAUCAUUUGACGUUUUUGUAGUCAAAUACAUGGUGAUGUUCACCUGGAAGCUGGAUACAUGAUCUAGAGCUCAGAAGAGAGAUCUAAGUUGAAGAUUUAGAAAGCAGCAGAAUUUCAGUGGUAGCUGAAGCUAUUACAUUGAAGGAAAUGGCUCAAAGAGAACCUAACCAUUCUAAAGAACAAGUGUGGAAUUAGAAAACACUAAUAAUGUCUUGGUGUAAGAAGAGAAAUAGACCAGGACAAAUGAGAAGAAAUUUUAAAAAUUUAUUCUAGGAAUAAGGACAAACAAUAAGUCUAUGAACAUAUUUCAUUACACUCAUGCUUUAUAGGAUAACAUCCUGUAAUCACAUAAAUAUUGAGAAGAUACAUUUAAAUAUGCCAAGCCAUUUGUAAUAAAAAUCCUCAAUAACAGAGGACGUAUGGUAUUCCUUUUUAAUAUGUUAUAAGGUAUACAACUUAGCCUGAAAGGCUGCAUGACAGUGAGUGGGAAAACAUUGGAGGACACAGAUCCUUCACAAUUAAUUCAGUGUUGUAUAAGAGGUAUUAAUUCAAAUGAAAAGGAAAAACCUAAAUGAAAAAGAUUAUGGUUGGCAUAUAAUUUACACCUAGAAAAUCCAAGAAGAGAAUCUCUGGAAAACUACUCAAAAUAAGUCAAUAAAUUAACAGACUAUAAAAAUAACACAUGAAAGUCUUUAUAAGUUAUACAAUAAGAAAACGUUUAACAAUAAUUUUAGAGCUAUAGGGUGAAGUGGAAAAAGUGAAGGAUACAAGUAAGAGCUACGCAUAUAAAAAGAUAUGUAUAGGAAGAUUGUACACCAUAAAGAUGUCAAUUUUUCAUAAAUUAGUUCACCAUCCUGUGAAAACAACACAUUCUAAUGUAAGCUGAUAUUAAAGAUCAUGUGGAAAAUCAAACAAGCAACAGUAGAUACUGUGUGUUAGGUUAUGUUUCUGUUCACCCAAAUCCAGUGUUUUUCUUUGUAUCAGCUUUGUAUGCUUUAACACAUACCCUAGACUGGGUGGCUUAAACUACAGAAAAAUUUUCCUUCACAAUUCUGAAAGCUGGGAGGUCCAACAUCAAGGUACCAGCUAAUUCAGUUCCUGAUGAAGUCUGUCCUCUGGACUCACAGACCACAGCCUUGAUGUUUCCUCACAUGGUGAAGAGACAUCUCUCACUUUCUAUAAUGCCAGCAGUCCUAUUGGAUUAGGGCUCUAUUAUUU